AUGUCUGAGCAACCGUACGAUCCUUACAUUCCUUCUGGCUCGAACAACGCUGCCAGCGGCAGCACUGCGCAAAAUGGCGACAACCGGACACGGGAAAUCGACCGGAAAAUUCAAGAAACCGUCGAUACCAUGCGGUCGAAUAUCUUCAAGGUCUCCGAGCGUGGUGAGCGGCUAGAUUCGCUGCAGGACAAGACCGACAACCUGGCGGUGUCAGCCCAAGGGUUCCGCAGAGGCGCCAACCGCGUGCGGAAGCAGAUGUGGUGGAAGGACAUGAAGAUGCGUGUGUGCUUGAUUAUUUGCAUCAUCCUCCUGCUCGUAGUGAUCAUCGUCCCUGCUGGUAAGACCCACCCGGAGUUCCGCGCUACUGGAAUGCUGCAAGGUUGA